AUGGCUAGUGUCAGUGAUGAGCAACGACAACAGUUACUAUCAGGUUUCCCGGAAAAGGCAAAUCAAAGCAAGCCUGAAAGAGCUUCCGAGCAUCAUGGUAUGGAGCAGAUGAAUCCAGCGAAAGAUUUCCUACAGACGCUUUCUGUGCCAGAUCAAAGCGUUGUAGUUCCGGAACGAAAUAUGAAACAAAAGGAAAAUAGGGAACAGGCGAUAAAAGAACCGCAGAAGCGUGUCACGGAAACGAAUUUAGCAGCUGGUUUAGAUCUUCGCGAAGCCUAUGCGUAUGUUAAUCAGUUGAACACACAAAAUAGUCUGGCUACAUCUCGAGGAAGUGAGGGUUGG